AAAAAUUAAGAAAGCCAAUAUACAAGCCACAUAAAUUAACACCUAGAAGGUCGUAAAAAUUUUAAUGCCGAGAAAUCUUCGACAUUUAUAAGCAAAGGAGCAAAAUACCGACAUUAUUUACCAAUAUCAACACCUCUUGUACAAAUAAAUGCAGCUUCUCCGCAAAAGUUGAUGUAAACGACGCUUUUUGAGAAUCAUAAAUAAAAUGGAUAUCAAUGGAAGUGAAAGUAUAUCAGAGGACACAGUCAGUUUGGCAUCAUAUUAUGACAAUCCCGAGACAUUAAAAUCAUCCAGUAGUUUUGAAGAUCAAAGUGAUGAUGAGAGUGAAUCAGAUCAAAAUGAUCAUGAGGCUGAUAUUGACAAGAUGCUAUUGGAUCUUGAGGGAUUUCAAGUGGAACUAAUCCAGACUAAUGGACCAAAUGCAGAAGAAGAAGUUGAAAACAAUGAACCAUUGGAUCAGAUUUCAUAUUCAAUGAACAUAAUAGAAGAUAGUGGCGAUGUGGACUUAGAUGCGCUCCUAGAAGAUCUCUGUGUAAUGGAAAAAGACUUAGUAGGAGACAUUAAAACUACACAUGAAACUUCCCGUGAAACAAGAUCUCCACCACCAUCAAUUAAAAGAUUAUCAUCUCCUGUAAAGGUUACAGCUGAUGUAAAAAUGCAGUUGGAAGCAUUUGGUGAAGAGUUGGAAAAUAGAGAACUAACUUUGGAGGAACAACAAGCAAAGUUUAAAGAAGAGAAAAUUCGUAUUGCUAUGGAAAAACUACGGGAAGCUCGCAUCAAGAAGCUUGUGAUAAAAAUAUUUAAUGAUGAAGAUCCAACCUCUAAAACAAUUCUCGUUGAUGAAUCAUGGACAGCUUGGAUGGUUUGUAAGAAAAUGGUCAUAAAAUAUGACAGAGAACAAAGUACAAACUGGGUGCUUGAGGAAAGACAACAUUCCAAUAACUUAUGUCGUGUUAUUGAGGACCAUGAAAUAAUCGUUGACAUUGUGUCACAGUGGCCACGAGAAACGGAUAAUCAGUUGGUUUUUACGAUGCGCCGCGAUAAAUAUGUUUUAUUUAAAAAUCCUCAGAAUUACUUACUUUCAAGUGACACAAAUGAAGGCUCGGCCAGGUUAGCUGAGCAGAGCAAAGACACUUUGAUUAAUGAAUUUUUCAAAUCUGACGCAAUGCGUCUUCCAAACCUUGAUGGAAUAUUGUAUUUAAAAGAAGGACGACGUACGUGGAAAAAGCAUUACUUUCUCUUAAGAGCCUCGGGAGUUUAUUACACUCCAAAAGGAAAGACGAAAAAUCAACGCAACAUGAGUUGUCUUGUAUCGUUUGAUAAUACUUAUGUUUACACGACAACCGAUUUUAAACGAACUCAGAAGGCUCCUACUGAUCAUUGCUUUGUUAUUAAGCCGUCUAUGUCGAAAGAUCUUGAUUCACGGGCAGUGAAAUGUCUUUGUGCCAGUGAUGCUCAAACAAUGCAACGAUGGAUUACCUGUGUACGAGUUGGCAAGUUUGGGUAUAAAAUGCUUGAAAAUAAAAAUAAUGUUCAUGAAGAAGUUGAAGAUCUUACUGUUGGGACUAUCAAAAGAUCAAGAACAUUAUCUUCUGGAUCUGGCUCAAGUAUGGAGCUUCCUUUGCAGGAAAUUUCCGGUACCAUAAGAGGUCGUUCACGAACAGAAAUCUCCAUUGACCAAGGGCAUAGAAGAAGCUCAAUAAGAAAAAAAGAACCCAUUCCACAACUUGGUUCGAAACUUCUCGCAAAACUAUUUCAAGAAGCGUGGAAAAAUGGCGCCGAAACUGAACAUGCCAACAAGAGGAGAUAGUUAUACAGCAGUGACAUUUUUUUAGCUUUUGUUUUUGCCAGUGGAAGUGUUAAAAUCAAGAUUUAAUCCGAAAUUAUAGUACUUGUGCCUUUGGAGAUUGUGUAGACACUUACAAUAACUUGAUUUAUUUUGGCCUUCUUACUUCAAAAAAUGAUGCGUACUUUUACACUUUUAUACUUAAUCAAAUAACGUUAUAUUCAAUUAACUAAAUUUUUAGAGUCACGCGAGUUUAUUGUUUAUAGGUAUUGUCCCCUACAUCUCCCAGCACUAUAUUUUCUCCAACAAAA